AUGGCGUUUCCGGGUCAGAACUACCACAACACCCACAGCUACCAACAAGGCUAUCCUCCGCCUGCUCCAGCAUACGGGAACUAUCCCCCCCCUCAACAGUACCCUCCCCAAGGACCUCCAUACAGCACUCCUUCGCCGCAACCACCUUACAACGGCUACGGCGGACCUCCACCUCAGCCCUACGGAAAUGGCUACCAAGCAACACCUCCUCCGCAACCUCAAUAUGGUUAUGGACCUCCGCCGAAUGCGUACAAUCAAGGGCCGCCCCCUCCUCAGCCAUACCAGAACUACCAACAACCACCGCCGCAAGCAUACGGACGACCGGCUCCUCCUCCGUCACAGCAACAAGGCUUCGGCCACGGCGCACCGAGCAACUACACAUUCCAAUACUCCAACUGCACUGGUCGAAGAAAGGCUCUUCUGAUAGGUAUCAACUACUUCGGGCAGAGGGGCCAGCUACGAGGCUGCAUCAACGACGUCAAGAACAUGUCAUCAUACUUGAACGGGCACUUCGGCUACAAGCGAGAAGACAUGGUCAUCCUCACGGACGACCAGCAGAACCAGAUGAGCCAGCCUACAAAAGCAAAUAUACUCAGAGCCAUGCACUGGUUGGUGAAAGACGCACGGUCCAACGACUCGCUGUUCUUCCACUACUCUGGACACGGCGGGCAGACCAAAGAUCUGGACGGCGAUGAGGAGGACGGCUACGACGAGGUCAUUUACCCUGUUGACUUCCGACAGGCUGGUCAUAUAGUAGAUGACGAGAUGCACCGUAUUAUGGUCUCACCGCUUCAGCCAGGAGUCCGUCUUACAGCCAUCUUCGACUCCUGUCACUCUGGUUCAGCACUCGAUCUGCCCUACAUCUACUCGACACAGGGCGUACUCAAGGAGCCGAACCUUGCCAAGGAGGCAGGGCAAGGCUUACUGGGCAUUGUUUCGUCAUACGCGCGCGGCGAUCUCGGCGGUAUGGCGUCCACGGCAAUGGGCCUCUUCAAGAAGGCGACAACUGGCGACGAUACCUACAAGCGCAACUUGCGGACGAAGACGAGCCCGGCGGAUGUGGUUAUGUGGAGUGGAAGCAAAGACUCGCAGACAUCGUAUGUUGACCCUGCUUUCCCUGAUGAGCCCGACUUUGCCUUUCCCGAGCCUGCUGUCGUGACGAUGGAGGACUUCGCCGUCCCCUUUCAGCAAGACGCAAACAUCGCCGGCCAGGCUACCGGAGCCAUGUCCUGGGCCUUCGUGACCGCGCUCAAGAAGAACCCGCAACAGAGCUAUGUUCAGCUGCUCAACAGCAUUCGCGAAGAACUCGAGGCCAAGUACUCGCAGAAGCCGCAGCUGAGCUGUAGCCAUCCUCUUGGUACGUACCUUUUCCAUUGA